GCACUGCCCUCUUUCAUUCCCGGCGCGCGAGAGUCGGGACCUCGCCUGUGUCGUUCGGCCACGCCCCCCCCAGUGACUGGCAGGCCCGGCGCACGUAACGGGCGGGGGUGGUGGUCGCAAGUCACGUGGGGGUAGCGAUGGCGAGCGGCCGACGGCUGCGGUGUUGCUGCUGCGGGGAAAGAGAGGGCCGCAGCCCGGAGGAGCUGACUAUUCUAGGGGAGACACAUGAGGAAGAGGAUGAAAUUUUGCCAAGGAAAGAUUAUGAGAGUUUGGAUUAUGAUAAAUGUAUCAAUGAGCCAUAUCUGGAGGUACUGGAAACGCUGGAUAACAAGAAAGUGAGAAGAUGCGAGGUGAUUAAAUGGAUCCUGGUAUUUUGUAUCGGUGCCUGCACUGGUUUGGUUGGACUGUUCAUCGAUUACUUUGUUCAUCUCUUCUCAGACCUUAAAUACCAAAUCAUUGGAAAAUCGGUGGAGGAUUGCAGUGAGAGGGGAUGUCUCGCACUCUCCCUCCUUGAGAUUCUUGCGUUCAACAUGGGUUUUGUUUUCCUGGCCAGUCUAUUUGUCUUGAUUGAGCCAGUUGCAGCUGGAUCAGGAAUUCCUGAAAUCAAAUGUUAUCUAAAUGGGGUAAAGAUCCCUGGAAUUGUGAGGCUACGGACCCUGGUCUGUAAAGCAGUAGGCGUGUUGUUCUGUGUGGCUGGAGGAUUAUUUGUGGGAAAGGAAGGUCCGAUGAUUCACAGUGGAGCAGUGGUGGGAGCAGGUCUGCCUCAGUUCCAAAGCAUCACUUUCCACAAGAUCCAGUUCAACUUCCCGUACUUCCGCAGUGACAGGGACAAGCGCGACUUUGUGUCAGCAGGCGCAGCAGCAGGUGUUGCAGCAGCAUUCGGCGCUCCAAUCGGAGGGACGUUGUUCAGUUUGGAGGAAGGGUCCUCAUUCUGGAACCAAGCGCUAACGUGGAAAGUGCUCUUCUGCUCAAUGUCUGCUGCAUUCACACUGAACCUCUUCCGCUCAGGUAUCCGUUAUGGGAGCUGGGGUUCUUUCCAGCUACCUGGAUUGCUCAACUUUGGCGAGUUCAAGUGUGCAGAUGGAGACAAGAAGUGUCAUUUGUGGACAGCAGUGGACCUGGCCUUCUUCAUCAUAAUGGGUGUGAUUGGUGGACUCUUGGGAGCAAUGUUUAAUUGUCUGAAUAGGAGGCUUGCAAAGUACCGCAUGCGCAAUGUGCAUCCCAAGGCCAAGUUUGUCCGGAUUCUGGAGAGUCUGCUGGUUGCUAUGGUGACAACAAUGGUCGUAUUUGUAGCCUCAAUGACUUUAGGAGAAUGUCGUGACAUUCCUUCGCAACCACAUAGCAACAACACAACACUACAGCUUUCUGAGCGAACUGUAAAUUCCAGCAUCAAGACCUUUUUCUGUCCUAACCAAACCUACAAUGACAUGGCCACACUCUUCUUCAAUCCCCAAGAGACUGCCAUUCUUCAACUCUUCCACCAAGAGGGAACCUUCAGUCCAGUCACUCUGAGCAUUUUCUUUGUUCUUUAUUUUCUUCUGGCUUGUUGGACGUAUGGUGUGUCAGUCCCCAGUGGGCUUUUCGUGCCCUCGCUUCUUUGCGGAGCUGCUUAUGGUCGACUUGUAGCAAAUGUUCUGAAAACGUUUAUUGGAAUGACGCACAUUUACUCUGGGACCUUUGCUUUGGUUGGGGCAGCUGCAUUCCUUGGUGGGGUGGUCCGAAUGACCAUUAGUCUCACAGUCAUUCUCAUUGAAUCAACUAACGAAAUCACAUAUGGAUUGCCAAUCAUGGUCACACUGAUGAUUGCAAAAUGGACUGGUGAUUUCUUUAAUAAAGGGAUCUAUGAUCUGCAUGUCGAUCUCCGUGGUGUACCCUUACUUGAGUGGGAGACUGAGGCUGAAAUGGAUAAACUGACAGCCAGUGAUAUUAUGGAGCCAAAUCUAACCUACGUCUAUCCUCACACCCGGAUUCAAUCACUGGUCAGUAUUCUGCGCACCACAGCACACCAUGCAUAUCCUGUGGUCACGGAGAACAGAGGGAAUGAGAAGGAAUUCAUGAAAGGAAAUAUCCUCAUCAGCAACAACAUUAAGUUUAAGAAAUCAAGUAUCCUGACUCGAGCUGGGGAGCAACGUAAGCGGAGCCAGUCAAUGAAAUCCUAUCCCUCCAGUGAACUGAGGAACAUGUGCGAUGAGCUGGUGACAACUGAGGUUGCUGAAAAUGGAGAGGACAUGUUACAGCAGAUGUUGGAACGCAGACAUCCCCCCUAUCCAAAUCUUUAUCCAGACCAGUCUCCCAGUGAAGAAUGGACAAUGGAAGAGCGCUUUCGACCUUUGACAUUCCAUGGUCUUAUUCUGAGAUCACAGCUGGUUACACUGCUUGUGCGUGGGGUUUGCUAUUCGGAGACACAUUCAAGUUCCACCCAACCACGACUAUCCUAUUUGGAGAUGACUGAAGAUUAUCCACGAUAUCCCGAUGUUCAUGACCUUGACCUGACCCUCCUCAACCCACGCAUGAUUGUGGAUAUUACGCCUUACAUGAAUCCUUGUCCUUACACGGUUUCGCCAAACACGCAUGUGUCUCAGGUCUUCAACCUGUUCCGCACCAUGGGAUUGAGACAUCUACCAGUGGUCAAUGCUGUGGGAGAGAUUGUUGGAAUCAUCACACGGCACAAUUUAAGCCACGAUUUUCUAUCAAUGAAACUGCGGCAGCAUAAAAUGACAAUGUGACCUUCUUCCUCACUGUGCAACAUUCCAGAAUCUUCUAUCCUGCACUGCAAUGACUUUGAUUUUCAGGGCCAUUUAAUGAGACAGGACAUUCAUCGGUGCCUACACCCUGCUCGUUCACCUGCCAACAAGCGACAGCAACUGAAAGAUCUUGGCUCUGACACCUAUAAUUUGCAGCAGUACUCACACCUAUUUAAAAUAGACGAUACUGAUUUUGUUAAUUGUGGAUAUAACUGCAGUGUUCGUAAGACUGUAUACAUGUGAGCUUGGAAGCCAUGAAAAGGAAUGAUUACUUUUAUGUUAGCUAAGCUUCUGCAGUUGGACCUGCAGCAGUUCGAGGAUUUUGCAGCGCAUAAUGUUAGGUGAAUAUUUUACUUGUUUUGCAGUUGGUUGACUUUGCACAAUACUUUAUUGUCCGUCAGGUCAGUAUUGAAAGGACUGGUCUGGAAAAGACAAAAAAAAACAUAAAAGCACUAACAAAACAAAUUCAGAGGUGCUCACUAACCAGGUACAUCAGAAAUAGAUAACAGACUUGGACUCCACUUUCAAGGAACUAUGUACCUGCACCCCUAGGUCUGUCUGUCUGACAACAUUCCCCAGGGCCCUACCAUUAACUGUUUAAGUCCUGUUUUGGUUUGCCUUACCAAAAUGCAAUACCCGGUAUUUUUCUAAAUUAAAUUCCAUCUGCCUCUCUUUGGCCCAUCUGGUCAUAGUCAUGUUGUACUUUUGAGAUAGCCUUCGUCACUGAUCACUACACUACCUAUUUUGUUCUCAACUGCAAAUUGAGUAACCAUCCCUCUUAUAUUCACAUCCUGAUCAUUCAUGUAAAUGACGAAAAGCAGUGGACCUAGCACAGAUCCUUGUGGCACCACUGGUCAUAGGCCUUCAAUCCAAAAAGCAACCUUUUACCACCCUCCUCUGUCUCCUACCUUCGAGGUGCCAGAAUUUUUGUAUUCUAGAUCCCAUGUGAUCUAACCUUUUAAUCAGUCUACUAACCUUGAUGAAUGCUUUCCAGAAGUCCAUAUAGAGAACAUCUACUUCUCUGCCUUCAUCAAUCUUUUACACCUCUUUUAAAAAAAAACUCAGUCAAGUUAGUGGGAUACUAUUUCAAAUGCACAAAACCAUGUUGACUAUCCCAAUCAGUCCUUGCCUUAUCAAAAGCAUGUAAAUCUUGUCCUCCAGAAUCCCUCCAACAGCUUACCCACCAUCAACAUAAGGCUCACCUAUCAAUAGUUUUCUGGCUUUUCCUUAUAGUUGUUCUUAAAAAAUGGCACCACAUCAGCCAACCUCCAGUAUUCCAGCAUCUCAGUCAUGGAUGAUGAUGAUGCAAACAUAUCAGUAAGGGACCCAGCAGUCACUUCCACAGCUUCCCAUAAAGUUCUGGGAAACACCUGAUCAGGUCCCAGGGAUUAUCUACCUUUAUGCAUUUUAAGAUGUCCAGCACCACCUCUUCUGUACCUUCUCUUCUGUAAUAUGUAAAGUCUUUUCAAGCAGGUAGACAGAGUGGUGAAGGUGGUGUUUUGGCACACUUGCCUUCAUUGGUCAGACAUUAAGUAUAGGAGUUGGGACAUUAUGUUGUAGCUGUGCAGGACAUUGGUGAGGCCACUAUUAGAAUACAGCAUACUGUUCUGGUUGCCCUUUUAUAGGAAAGAUAUUGUUGGGAGGGUGCAGAAAAUAUUUACAAGGAUAUUACUGGAGGGUUUGAGUGAAAGGGAGAAUCUGAAUUGGCUGGAGCUUUUUUUCCCUGUAGCAUUGGAGGCUGAGGAAUGAUCUUAUAGAGGUUUAUAAAACCAUGAGGUGCAUGGAUAGGGUGAAACUCUGAGGUCUUUUCCCAGGGAGUGGAGUCCAAACUUGUGGGGCAUAGAUUUACGGUAAAGAUUCAAAAAGGAUCCGAGGGGUAAUUUUUUAACGGAGAUGAUGGUGUGUGUAUGUAGCAAGCUGCCAAUGGAAGUGAUGGAGGCGGGUUCAAUUACAACAUUUAAAAGGCAUCUGUUAUUUGACUAGGAAGGAUUUGGAGGGAUAUGGGCCAAGUACUGGCAAAUGGGACCAGGUCAGACUGAUAUGUCUGGAUGAGUUAGACUGAAUGGUCUUAUGACUGACUUAACACCAAUUAUUCUUUUGUUUUUAUGCGUUUUGUUCAAACACUAAAACUGCAAACAGAAUCAUUGGUAGAGCAAUUCUGCAGGGAAAUGUGUUCAUGUGCACAAACCUGGGGUUUAGUUUGAACAAUACAGACAGAGAAAACUGGGAAUACUUUUGAAGCUAGAUUAUUGUUUGAGGUGAAAUUCUAACUGCUGAAGGACCUGCUGUGUAUUUCCAGCAUUAACAGUUUGUUUCAUUUUGGAAUGGAACAGACUCCUGGUUGGAGGACUUUCUGUUGCCAUUAGUAACCACUACAAUUCAGUCAAGCUUUGUUGUUCUACUCUUGCUGUGAUCUCCAUGGCAACAUGAUUUGUUUCUAACUUGGUAUCCACAGCUUCCCCCAAUUGGUGCAAAUAAUGUGUGGGUGACACUAUUACAAUAAAAAAAAUUAUUGAUCUCUGAUCACAUUCAAGAGAAAAUCAUUGGCAGGUAUGAAAUAAAUAGGAUUGGGAUCAGUGUAAUGAUGCUCCCAAAUGAAUCCUUUGAUUUCUCAGAAGUUGUAUUUUAGCAGAGUUCUCAGUACAACAGCCCAGGGGUGGUGAUUGAAAACAGAUAACCUGCUAAUACACUUAAGAGUGUGACAAAAGCUGAUAGAAUCAGUGAAAAGAUGAAACUGCUAGUUGUGGAUUCUUGUGAAGUCAUUUGGAACCCAGUAUUGUGGAAUUCGUCCUUUUGCCUAGGAUUCUCAGUAAUGAUAGGAGGCAUUAAAUUUAGGCGUCCAAUGAGGGCAGAGUGAAUCUGUUAUCCUGCUUUUUAUGUUCAGAUACUUGAAGAAAAACAAUUCCAUGUUUUACAAUUGGUUUUAGAGAAGCAAAGUACAUAUAUGAAGGGUUAAAGUACACAAAGGGAACUCAGAUUAGCAGCUCAUGAAUCAAAGGGAAAAGCUAUUGGAAUCUUCAUUCAUAAGAUUAUAUUCUAAAUUUUAAAUAAAAAUGAUUUAUUUCAUGCAGUUAAGUGUUUGUCUUUGAGAGUCUCAAUGUGCUUAGAACCAUGGAAAAAAGUUUGAUUUAGAACAUAAGUCACAUUGAGAAGGAAAAUGUUUUAUUAAAAAUGUUAUUUUUGUCUUUCAUGAUGCUCCCAAGACCUAAUUGCCCAUUGCUUUUUCCUGAGAUCAUUCUGUAGUUUCCAAGUUUUGAUCAUUUUGACAAUAGUAUGAAAUGACUGAUCAACGCUGUUGAAUUGAAACCUGGCAAUUUAAAAUUCUGUAUAAGUCAGUAGUAUUUGUUCAUUUGUCUUUCAGAAAUGCUCCUGGUGUGUGAUGAGCUUAGAACCCCACAUUCUGUAGGAUAUAACAGUGAAAUGUUCUUUAGUUCUGGCACACUAACUCUAAAUGAUCUUAGAGCUGUUUAAUGGAAAGUGCUCUCUUCAGUCUUGUUUUUACUUCUGGGACAUUGCAGACCAGCAGUGUUCUCUUCAGGCCUUAGUCUGUGUGUUAAUGUCUGUACAAUUACUGAGAUGGCGUCUAAGUUUAGUUUUAAUUUGGGUUUGCGAUACUUCGGGCAGAACUGGAUUGGAACUGUAUACCACAGUGCUUUGAGACUACGCACCACAGAGCAUUUGGAUUCCAUAUUGUCAUUAAUUUGGAUAUUUGGAGCUACUGAUCCACAUCACUUCAAUUAGGUUUAUUCAUCACAGGCUAGAGUACUGAACACAGCUCUUUCGAAACCUUCAAGCCCACACAUUCAAAGAGAAGAAAGCAUGAUGUCUUCAGAUGCACAAACCUAACUUAGGCUGUAGUCUCUGGCCUGUGUUACAGUUGUCUGUAAAAACUGAAAUAUUCAGUAUAGUGGGUGAUACCAUGUAUUUGGAGUCUUAUCACAUUGUCAUAUUUGCACUUACUAUUUGAUAUGAGCUAAUUAUUUCAUAUGGGAAAGGUUCUGAAGCCAAAUAUAAUUCUCAUUUUUAUUUCAUGUUUUAAAAGUUUGUUUCUGUAACGAUCUUUAUUUUAAAAAUUAGUUUACAUUGUAAUAAACAUUCCCAUUUGUGAUCCUGCAA